AUAAUGAAAAUGAUAGCUAAAAUGUUUACAUCAGUGAUAAAAGCUUAUAAAUGUUGAAAACCUGAAGAGUAGUUCGUGCGAAAGUGUGUUAAUGGCUCUCGCCACCACCCAGAAACUCAAACUCUCUUCAAUUUUCUCUGUAAUCGCCAAAUUCUCAUAUUCCACAUCACCCCAUAACAAUCUUCAUUAUGAUUCUUCUGUGGUCGACAACCUCGUCGCCGUCUUCACCCAACAGCCCAACGCCGCCGCGCCGGAACUCAACCGCUUCGCUCCCAUCCUCACGCCUCCCCUUGUCGAGUCCGUCCUCACGCGCCUCCCCACUUGGAAACUCGCCUUCUCCUUCUUCCAAUGGGCCUCCGAUCAGCACCAGCAUGGCUACCGCCAUAGUUGUUACACCUACAAUACCAUCGCAUCUAUCUUCUCCCGCUCCCGCCAAACCACCCAUCUCAAAACAAUCGUUAAAGACCUCGUUGAGUCCGCUCCUUGUUCCUUCACACCCGGCGCGUUGGGCUUUCUCAUUCGCUGUUUGGGCGAAGUGGGCCUCGCGCAGGAGGCCCACCACCUGUUCGAUGAAAUGCGGGUGAAGGGUCUUUGCGUUCCGAAUGAUUACUGCUACAACUGUCUGUUGGAGGCUCUGUCCAAGUCCGGGGAGGUUGAUUUGGUGGAGGCCAGGUUGGAGGAGAUGAAGGGGUUUGGGUGGGAGUUUGAUAAGUUCACGCUGACGCCUGUCGUGCAAGCUUAUUGCAAAGCUCGCAGGUUUGAUCAGGCUCUGAGGGUUUAUGAUGGGAUGAAGGAAAAGGGUUGGGUUGAUGCGCGUGUUUGCUCUAUGCUGGCAUUGUCGUUUUCCAUGGGGGAUGUGGAUAAAGCGUUUGAGUUGGUGGAGAGGAUGGAGGGAGAGGGGGUGAGGCUAAAUGAGAAGACUUUCUGUGUUUUGAUUCAUGGGUUUGUCAAGGAGGAUCGGGUUGAUAGGGCCCUUCAGUUGUUUGAGAAAAUGUGUCGGGUUGGCUUCACUCCUCCUGUUUCGUUGUUUGAUGUUCUCAUUGGAGGACUGUGUAAGAGUAAUGAUGCUCAGAGAGCUCUGAGCUUGCUUUCGGAGUUGAAGCAGUUUGGGGUUGCCCCAGAUGUUGGAAUCUUUACGAAAUUGAUAUCGGCUUUUCCAGACAGAAGUGUGAUUGCCAAGUUGCUGGAAGAGGUUCCGGAAGAUAAAGAGGAGAAAACUCUCGUUUUGAUUUACAAUGCUGUUUUGACUUGUUAUGUUAACGAUGGAAUGAUGGAUGAAGCCUGCCGCCUUCUUCAGAUGAUGAUUCAGAGCAAAUCCAGUGAUGUCCAGAUGGAUGAUUUCUUCAAGGACAAGAGAUUGGUUUUCCCAAAUGCUGCUUCCUUUAGCAUCGUCAUUGAUGGCUUACUCACAAAUGGUCAGUUGGACCUCGCUCUAAGUCUUUUCAAUGACCUUAAACAAUUUGUUGGUAGGCCAAGCGUUUUGAUUUACAACAAUCUGAUCAAUGGUCUCUGCGAUUCUAAUAGAUUGGAGGAGAGCCGUGAGCUGUUGAGAGAGAUGAAGGAAUCAGAAAUUGAACCAACUCAUUUCACUCACAACUCAAUUUAUGGAUGCCUGUGUAAAAGAAAGGAUGUCUUAGGAGCGAUCGAUAUGUUGAAAGUGAUGCGUGCUUGUGGGCAUGAACCGUGGAUAAAAAAUUCCACACUUCUUGUGAAAGAACUGUGUGAUCAUGGCAGGGCUGUAGAAGCAUGCGAUUUUCUCGACAGCAUGGUCCAGCUAGGUUUCCUUCCUGAUAUAGUUUCCUAUUCUGCAGCAAUGGGGGGUUUGAUCAAGAUUCAAGAAGUGGACCGAGCAUUGAACUUGCUCAGGGAUUUGUGCUCUCGUGGCCAUUGUCCUGAUGUGGUUGCUUUUAACAUAAUUAUCAGAGGGCUCUGCAAGGUCAACAGAGCUGCAGAAGCUGAAAAAUUGUUGGAUGAGAUUGUAGUGAAGGGUCUCUGUCCCUCAGUUCUGAGUUACAAUCUGCUUAUAGAUAGUUGGUGCAAAAGUGGUUCUGUUGAUAGGGCGAUGUCUCUUCUGUCGAGAAUGUCUGAAGAAGACAGGGAGCCCAAUGUCGUCACUUACUCAACUUUGGUGGAUGGAUUUUGCAGAGAACGAAGGCCUGAUGAUGCACUCUUGGUUUGGAAUGAGAUGGAAAAAAAAGGUUGUUCUCCUAAUCGAGUUGCUUUUAUGGCACUUAUUUAUGGUCUUUGCAUGUGCAAUAGGCCAUCUGCUGCACUACAAUAUUUACGUGAGAUGGAACAGAAAGAAAUGAAGCCCGACUCGUUCAUUUAUAUUGCAUUGCUCAGUGCUUUUCUGUCUGAUAUGGACUUGGCCUCUGCAUUUGAGAUUUUUAAGGAGAUGGUUUAUUCAGGAUUUUUCCCAGAAUCCCAUGAUAAAAGUUACCCCGUUGUGAUGGAUGCAAUGGACAAAUUUUCCAAGGAUCACAGAACAUCUUCUGGUAUGAAAGAUUUAAGUGAAGAGGGGAAACUUCCUAUGCAUUGGGAAACUUCCUACGCAUUGCUUGUAAACCGUCGGAGUAGAAAGGUUGAUCAAAUUGGUAUGCCACUGUCAAAGGAAGUAGAUGUUACAUCGGACAAGUAAAAAUUGAAGCAUUUGAAAAGAAACAAAUGUACACAAAAACAUGUGACGCUGCAGAUAAUUUGCCUACAAAAAGAACUUGAGCUCCAGAAUUUUCAAAGAUACGCGUUACUUGAUUUGGAUCCUAAGUAAUUCAAGAGAAAAAGAGACAUAACAGCUGAUCAAAGGAGCGCUAUGUUUCUGUUCUUUCCGUAGUCAUGCCAAACCGUGGACAAUGUGUUGAUAUUUCGUUUUUCUGUUGUGACAAACACAACCAGAGCUCAAAAUUUUUUUAAGAUGCACAAAGUGGCGAAUUUUUUGUUAUAUUUUUUUAUAAUACUUCAUGUAAAUGUGAUUUUCCUCCUUUCAUUUCUUCCUCUAGUUGACAUUUA